AUGUCAUCUUCCAUCCCUUCGCAGUCCGCACCCGCGGAGCCCCAGACCAAGAUUGCACUUGAAUCAAAAGUCAUCGCUAUCACCGGUGCAAACCGAGGAAUCGGACUCGGUGUCGCAGAAUGUUGUCUCGUUAACGGUGCUGCCAAGGUCUACUCCAUCGACAUCGGCGAAACUGGUGAUGAAUUCCAGGCAUUGUCUACGCGUUUCCCAAACCAAGUCUUCGCAGUCCAAGCCGAUAUAACACAGGAGGCUAGCAUCUCCGCCGCCGUGGAUAAAAUCGUUGAGGAGGCCGGUGCGCUUCACGGGAUGGUCGUGAAUGCAGGACGAACGAACCACAAGGCCGCGCUGGAUUUCACGACCGAAGAGAUCGAGGCGCUAUUUUCCGUAAACCUCUUUGGCGCAUUUUACACGGCCAGGUGUGCCGCCCGCGCAUUCAUUGAGCUCGGAAUCAAGGGGGCGAUUGUGUUCACAGCUUCGAUGGCUUCUUAUCGUCCUAACAAGCGCGUUCCAUCCACCCCCUACGGCGCGUCCAAAGCUGGCAUUCGAAACAUGACACACACCCUUGCUAUGGAGUGGGCUCAGUAUGGCAUUCGCGUGAAUAGCGUCUCGCCUGGUCUUGUGAAUACCGCAAUGACAUAUUGGGUCCCUCAGCAGCCCGAUUGGGAGCAGCAGUUGAAAUACUACGGUGGAUUUCCACGCCUGGCGGAGGUUCAAGAGCUCGGCGGUGCAUAUGUGUAUCUCUUGAGUGAUGCUGCGAGCUACACAACCUCGAUCGAUAUUCCUGUCAAUGGUGUCAUUGGAAUUUGUUAA